UACUAGUAAAAGCUACGCAGAAGCUCUGGGCAGGUAUCGCUUUGUUCGCGGUUCAGCUGCAAGCAUCGGUGCUCUCAAGCUGUGCAGAGCUCCGCUAAGACCCCAGGAACACGCCAGCAAGCGGAAAACGCUAACGAACACCGCUAAGACGAUGCGCUUCUCCCCGCUCCUAUUGGCGGUGGCCGCGCACGCCCUCGCGCCGCUGCCCAGAGCCAAGAACCUCGGUCGCAGGGGCGCCGUGGUCAGCGAGCCCGAGACCAAGGCCGGAAACGCGCGUUCGUACGCCGACCUAACCAUUGGAGUUGUGCCCGAGUCUGACCCGACCGAAAACAGGGUCGCCCAGACGCCCGAGUCGCUGGCGUUACUCGUCAAAGCCGGCUUCAACGCCAAGGUCGCCAGCAACGCCGGCGCGGCGGCCGGUUUCUCAGACGACAUGUACAAGAAUGUAGGCGCUUCUAUAGUGACCGAAGACGAGGCCUGGGCCGCGGACAUCGUGACGAAGAUCGCCCCGCCUUCUCCAGCGGAGGCCGCCAAGAUCCAGGACCGCACGUUAUUGAGCAUGGUCCAGCCCCCGCAGAACGAAGCUUUGAUGCAACAGCUCCAGGACCAAGGUUCGACGGUUUUCGCGAUGGACUGCAUCCCUCGCUUACUCUCGCGGGGCCAGGCCUUCGAUGCGUUGUCGUCGCAAGCGAAUUUAGCUGGUUUCAGAGCUGUGAUUGAAGCAGCACAUGCGUACGGAAGGACGAUGGCCGGGUCGAUGACGGCCGCGGGCAAGCUCGCGCCGGCCCGCGUCCUGGUGCUCGGCGCCGGUGUGGCUGGACUAGCGGCCAUCCAGACGGCGAAGAACAUGGGCGCCGUGGUUUUGGGCUACGACGUCCGUCCCGUGGUCAAGGAGCAGGUCGAGAGCAUGGGCGGCCAGUUCCUGAAGGUGCGAUCUCGGCGUCCCGCGGUGCUGCGGGGCCUUCACGCCGUCGACGCGACUCGUCUCCAGGAGAGGAUGUCGUGGCUGGUUUCUUUUCUGAUUUUGGGGCCGUUCGGACCGAUGCUCCGCGCAGGUCCCCUACGAGGAGGACGGCGCCGGCCAGGGCGGCUACGCCAAGGAGAUGUCCGACGAGUACAAGGCCGCGGAGCAGGUCCGCGAGUCGGCGUCUCCAUGAAACGUGGUCCGAAUCGGCUCGAAUUUGGACCCGAGGCCACCCACGUCAUCGUGAGAUGGAGCCGACGCGCGUCACGACACCGUCCGUCCCGCGCAGGCGAUGCUGACGGAUGAAGUGGCCAAGGCGGAUGUGGUUAUUACUACUGCAUUGAUCCCCGGCCGGAAGGCGCCCGUGCUCAUCCCGGAGGCCAUGGUCGCUGGCAUGAAGAGAGGCAGCGUUAUCGUCGACAUGGCGUCGGUCAACGGUGGGAACGUCGUGGGGACCGUCGACGGUCAGAAAGUCACGACAAAGAAUGGCGUGUCGAUCCUCGGGUAUUCGGAUUUACCGUCGCGCCUCCCGACGGCGGCGUCCCAGCUCUUCGGGAGGAACCAGGCCAACUUCCUGCUGAGCGUGGGCCCGCAGACGACGGGCACCAAGGGCGAGUUCGUCGUCGACUACGAGGACCCGGCCGUCCGCGGCAUGCUCGUCGUCGACGGCGGGAAGCUGACGUGGCCCGCGCCGCCGUACGAGCCGCCGCCGGCGCCGAAGCAGGCCACCGUCGAGGUAGAGGAGGAGGAAAUAGAUCCCCAAGUGGCCAUCAACGAGAAGGUCCAAGGCGACGCCACUGCCUUAACGGCCGUCGCGGCGUUAACCAUCGGCGUCGGCCUCGCGUCCGGCGGCGACGUCUCGAACGCGGCCCUCUUCGGCGCGUUCUGCCUCGCGUCCUUCGCCGGCCAGCAGGCCGUCUGGGGCGUGGCUCCCGCUUUGCACUCGCCGCUCAUGGCCGUGACCAAUGCCGUGAGCGGUCUGACGGCGCUCGGCGGUGCUGCUCUGCUCGACCCGAGCGACCCCAUCCCCCACACGCCGGCGCAGUUCCUGGGCGCCUUCGCCGUCGCUGUGUCAGCGAUCAAUAUUGCGGGCGGGUUCCGAGUCACCGACGCCAUGCUCCAGCUCUUCCGACGUGAGGGCGAUCCCGAGCCUCCGUUAUCUUAUUUUGCCGCUCCGGUGGGUUUAGCUGCUAUUGCUACUUUAGGAGCGGCGGCCACGGACCCUACGUCGGUGCUACCCGAUGUGGUCGCGGGUGCUGCGGCGACCGCGUGCGUGGCUGGUAUUGGUGGUCUCGCGUCGCAGGACACGGCUAGAUAUGGGAACGCCGCCGCGGUUGCCGGUGUAGGAUUGGCGGUCGUGGCUACCUUCGCGCAUGUGAUUCAGGCCUCUCCCGGAGAUCUUGGAGGUGUCCUCAGUCUAGGCGCUUUGUUGGCGGCUGGUGGUGCGGGUGGCUACGUCGUCGCCGGCGGCGUCGGCCCGGCGGAACUCCCGCAAACGGUGGCGGCCUUCCACUCGCUCGUAGGCAUCGCGGCCGUCGCCACCGCGGUGGGCGAGUUCCUCGCGCAUGCCGAGGAGCUGGGAGUAGGUGGCGGCGUCGCCGCGGUCCUAGCCGCGGUUGUGGGCGGCGUGACCUUCAGUGGGAGCAUCGUGGCCUACGCCAAAUUGGCUGGACUGACUUCGUCGUCGCCGCUCGCCAAGAACGACCUCAUUAACGGGGCUUUGCUCGUCGGCGCGCUGGGCACGGGCGCGCUGGCCGUCUCGCAGGGCGUGACCAUGGCGCCGGCCUUGGCGGCGUCCGGGGCGCUGUCGGCCGUCCUGGGCUACUUCUUAGUCUCUUCCAUCGGCGGCGCGGACAUGCCCGUCGUUAUUACCGUAUUGAACUCGUAUUCGGGCUGGGCGUUGGCGGCGGAAGGCGCUCUCCUGAAGGACCCGACGCUCGCCAGUGUCGGCGCGUUGAUCGGCUUCAGUGGUGCGAUCCUCACGAAGAUCAUGUGUGAUGCCAUGAAUAGGGAUGUGGUCGAAGUGGUCUUGGGCGGCAAGGCCGCGGCGCCGGUCGUCGAGGGCGACGUCGUGGACUUGGGGCCGCACCGCGAGAUCGACGCCGCGGGCGCCGCCGCUGCCUUAGUUGCGGCGAACUCCGUGCUCAUCGUGCCGGGCUACGGCUUAGCCGUCGCCAAGGCGCAGUACGUCGUGGCCGAACUCGUCGAUGAACUCAGAAAAGCUGGAAAAAAAGUAGGCUUUGGGAUCCAUCCUGUUGCCGGUAGAAUGCCCGGACAGCUGAACGUUUUACUCGCGGAGGCGGGCGUGCCCUACGACAUCGUUUACGAGUUGGAGGAGUGCAACGACGACUUCGCGGACACGGACGUGUCCAUAGUGUUGGGUGCUUCCGAUACGGUGAACUCGGGAGCUUUGGACGAUCCCAAUUCUCCGAUCGCGGGCAUGCCCGUGCUGCGCGUCUGGGACGCGGAGACGACCAUCGCCUUCAAGCGGUCCAUGGGCAGCACGGGCUACGCCGGCGUGGCGAACCCGACGUUCUACAAGGAGAACACGCAGAUGUUGCUCGGCGACGCGAAGGACACCGCGUCGGCUUUACUCGAGUCGCUCCGGGCGCAGCUCUAGACCUAUAUAUCCCCUCUCCCUUUGUCCUAAGACGACAUAGCCUCUC